AUGGAAACGAACAAUGAGAAGAAAUGGAAUUCAGUCAUGAUCACAGUACUGUAUAGUAGAAUUGAUUACGUAUUUGGUAUAUGGUAUAAACCAAAAGUAUGCUACUUAGUCAUUGUAAUUAAUGAGGUUGCUCACGGCCAAACAGUGAAUAAACUGGUAUACCGUGAUAUCACCUCAUUUAAUUAUUGCGUCAGGUACACCAAUAAGAAUCACAGCAUUGGAUGCACCUCCAAGUACUGGCGAAAUGUUGGCGUCUUACACUUGGUGGAGAGUUUUUCUGAUAUGAAUAAAUUAGCUACAAGCAAGCUUGAUAUUGAUUAUGUUCCGUUAAUGACUCCAAAGUUAUUUAAUUUAGACAACGUCAAUUUCUUAAUGAGUAAGCGAAAGAUUGCUGGAAUCAUUAUACUAGGAGCUAAUGAUACUGCUUCUGAUGAUAAAGAAAUUCCUGACGGCAUGUACGUUGACAAUAGCCAAUAUCAGAGUUGCAAAAGAAUAGAGUGGAAUCCUCAUGGAAGUGGAAUGUUAUACAAAAGUUUCGAUUUUCCUAUAUUCCGUGUUUAUAUGGAGGAUGACAUUCAAAGAUUAAAACAGUGCUACCUUAAGCAUAAUAUGCCUACAAGCAAGGGAGAGCUAAUUUAUCCGUUGUGUGCGGUACAAAUGGGAGAUUUCAUGUUUACUCCUUCUAAUACUGAAGUUUGCAUGCGUAGAAAUAUUGCUGGUUCAUUAACAUCUGGAGGAUUUUGUGAUCCCCUUGGCGAUAGUAAUGUAUGGUCGACACUAUAUCCAAUGAAUAACCCUCUUAAAGAAAGGGAACUCAUAAUUGCAGCGGCACAGUUGGAUUCCAUAUCCCAGUUUUACAACUUUGCACCUGGAACUGAUAAUGAUGCUUCAGGCUUCAUAACUUUAUUAUCUGCAGCAUAUGCCUUGGGUAAAGCCAAAAAUUCGAAUAAGCUAACGAAGCCGAAAAAGCCUAUUAUGUUUGCAUUUUUUCAAGGAGAAAGCUGGGACUACAUUGGAUCCUCAAGGAUGGAUUGGCCGGCUAAUAUUACAUUGAAAAACAUUGGUCAAUUUUUAGAACUUAGACAGGUAGGACUGGAAGAUGAAAAAUCCUUAUGGGCUCACUUUGACCCAUCUAGUGGUGAUAAAUCGAGGAAUGAUGCUUUUUUCGCUGCAUUGGUAAAAGCGGGAACUGGUGCUGGAGUUAAUAUUAGUAAGGCAUCCAAUGAUUUGCCUCUUCCACCAGCUUCAGUACAAAGGUUUCUUCGUAAAGAUAGUGGACUAUCUGGCCUCGUAUUAACUGAUCAUAAAAAAAAUUUUACGAAUGCCUAUUAUAACAGCCAUUAUGAUUCUUUGAACCAAGUAAUGGAUAAGCUAUCUUCACAGGGAUUGCGAGAUCCAAAUUCAUUAUCAAAGCAUCUAACCAGAUUGGCAACAACUGUUGCAAGAACUCUUUAUAUGUUGGCUUCUGAUUCUAAUCCUACUCCUGACCUAUCGAAAAUAACAGCAGAUGAAGAUAUGACCUCAGAGUUGCUACACUGUUUCCUUCAGAAUGCAUCAUGCACCCUCUUUCAGCAGGUUGUUUCGAAUAGUAAUGCUAAAAAUUUACCAUCAUCAGCGUAUCCUCGUAUGGUGGGAGUAUCUCAAAGCCCUAAUCAAGUCACGAAUUUAACUAACCAUUUAAUGAUGUAUUUUACUGGAAAUCAGUUGGCUGAUGUAACCAAGCAGAGCAAUUGUAAAUCUAAUACGUCAGACAACUCUGCAUAUAAUUAUUUAUGGUUUCAAGGACAAGAUUUUAAAAACGUGUGCUAUAGGGGUACCGUUUAUUAUUCGCCUGCUGUAUCUCCUGCAUUUUUACUUAAAGACUAUAAAUCUAAAAAUUAUUCAACUUGGGCUGAAAGCAGGUGGCAAUCUGUUGAUUUAAAGAUGUUUCUUGUCCCAAAUCCUUCAUUGCAAACACAUGUCAGUUCCGAUUAUAUCAGACGUUACUAUCGACUGUGUUGUACAUGCCACAUGUGUGGAUGCUAA